GUUUGGCAUUUGACGAAAUCAGUUCGGUUUUUGGGAAAAAAUUCAUAGCGUGCAUUUGAAAUGAGGCCUUUAUUUGUCGUAAUUAGUGUUUAUUUUGCUGCAAUUUUAGCGGCUCCCCAACAUCAAGAUGAGGGCAAUAUACUCCAAGUGCAACAAUUGAAAAACGAUUCGGUUGAAGAAAGUGCACUAGUAGAGUCAGUUACAGACCCGAAUAAAUUUGAAAAUCAGGAUGAAGAAACAGCAUUCCCUUUGUUUUACGCGGCCAUUGUUUUUGGUCUUGAUGAAGUUCUUGAAACUGCACUCCAAAAUGGUAUGGAUGUCAAUUUGAAUGAGAAAAAUGGCUGGCUUUCAAUUCAUACCGCAGCAGCCUUUGGCCAGGCAGACAUUGCUGAAGUUCUUAUACAAAAAGGUGCAAAUGUAUCACUCUCCGACAAUAAUGGCUGGUCACCAUUACACGUGGCAUCUGCUUGUGGACAUUCGAAUAUCGUAAAAAUGCUUAUUGAAAGUGGAGCUGAAGUGAAUUCACAAAAUUUUGAGGGAUUAACACCAAUAAUGGCCGCUGCCGAUUUUGGUUUGGAAAAGAUCAUGGAUAAGCUCAUCAUUUUCAGUCCCAAAGUUGAGGUGAAUCCAUUCAAUGGAAGGAGGACUCCAUUUCACUUAGCUGCCGAGAAAGCUCUGGAGAAAGUGGUUACGGUGCUGAUUGAAAAUGGAGCAGACGUUAAGGUUAAGGAUAAUAGCAGACGAACAGCUGCUCAUUAUGCUGCUCAGUCAGGAUUCAAUCGAAUCAUUGAAAUUCUUAUUCGUGAAGGGGCUGAAGUUGAUGUUAAAGAUCAAAACGGAUGGUCUCCGUUAAUGUAUGCAGCAUCCUCUGGCGAUGAAAAAGUAAUUGAGCAAUUGGUGAAAAACGGGGAAAUCGAUAUUAACGCAAAAGAUAACAACGGAACAGCAAUUCUUCAUUCAUCCACAUUUUUGGGUGAUCUGAAAACAGUGAAACAUCUCUUACGAAACGGCGCUGAUGUAAAUAUUAUUAACAAAGACAACGAAACUGCACUGAUGAUCGCAACUCUCAUAGGUCGAGAGGAAAUUGUACAACUUCUAGUAGAGAACGGAGCCGAACUUAAUCGCAAAGCUAAGAAUGGAAAAACUGCACUUGAUAUUGCUGUGGAAAAAGGUUUCGGGAAGAUUGUUGAAAUACUAGUUGGAAAGGGCUUCGAUGUCAAAGACAAAGAUGAAAAAACAAAUGUGGCGAUUGAGAAAGGUGCCAUCAUCGAUAUACUCAAGCGUGGUGAUGAAGAAAAGGAAAAAGUCGAGAAAGCCAAAGAAGAGGAAAAAGAACAAACCGAAGAACUAAAGGAUAAAACAGAAGAAAACUAAGACGAUCUUACUAACAAUCAUAAUUAAAAAUAUUAAUGAAUAAAAAAUAUUGAACAUUUCUUGGCUACCAUCGUACACACACAAAACAGUAGUAGUAGAAUUGUUCAAAUGUAUUGGUAUAUUGCA